AUGACGGAGCUGCUUCGGUUACACGAUGGCUCUUCCGCCACCAACGAACUCAUUCACCGGAAUAGAACUUUGUUCUUCUCUUCUUCUCUUAGUUCCCCUAUAUAAAGGGGCACAAGGUAUUCAACACAUAAGACGUUAUGUUUCUUGGAAUACUUUCUGUACGAUCUUUCUCAUUCUCUCCGGUGUUCUUGAUUCUUACAUUUUCCGGAAGUUCUUGAAGCGGUUUCAAGCUUUUUGAAGUCAACAAGUGGUAUCAGAGCCACUCGGUUUGAGGUAGGAAGAAGAUGUCGAAGAAAGGAGGCGAGGCAAGCACUUCCAACAAGUGUGGGGUGAAGAUGGUGUCACCGGCUCCAUCUCUUAUGCUGUCAAAGACUAAUUACCAUCUUUGAGCGAUGUGGAUGGAAGUAUUCCUUGAUUCUCAUGAAUUGUGGCAAGCAAUUGUAGGUGAGAAUGUCCUAAAGAAGAAAGAUCGCUUGGCUCUGUCCAUGAUCUUCGGAGCAGUUCUGGAGGAGAUGAUGUCAAUUCUUGACACAAAGAAGACGGCGAAGGAGAAUUAGGAGAUUCUCAAGUCUCAAAAUCUUGGUGUGGAUCAAGUUAUUCAAUCAAUAAUUCAAGGAUUGAAGCGUGAGAAUGAAAUUCUCAUGAUGUGGAAGGAUGAAGUCGUGAUGAAUUUUGCAACGAAAGUAACUGGAAUCGUCUUAGAGCUCCAAAACUUGGGUGAGAAGAUGGAAGAAAGAGAGGCAGUAUGUAAUUUCUGAGGGCGACGCCUUCAAAAUUCGACGCUCUCACCUUGUCUUUGGAACAAUACGACGAUUUGGAUAAAAUGAGCCUUGACGAGACCAUUGGUUUACUGAGCGUCCACGAGCUGCGACUCAAGGAGCAUGAAUUGGGAGAGGAGGAACAAACAUUACUGGCCACAGCAUUGAGUAAAUUGAAGAUCUCAACUGAGGAGGAGUCCUCAUCUCGUAGAAGAGGAAGACACCACAACUGA